GGGGCCGGCGCGGGAGCGGCUGAGCACUCCCGGACUUCAGCGGCUGCUCCCCAGCAGCCCCAGUCCGCUUCGUCCCGGGCCCCCAGCACCCGAGGUCAGCCAGAGGGACCCCGAGCUGGCACCGGUACGUCACGGCUCUAAAACCGGCAUCGACACCGGCAUCGGCAUGGGUACGUCCCGGCGGCACGGUGCCUGUGCCCCCCUGCUUCUCCCCCAGCUGUGCGAUGGGCUCAGCACCAGGCGGGGGGCCUGGCCUCGGCCCUCUGGAAGCUCAGCCCCGUGUACAGAAUUAAUAGCGACUUUUUUUUUUUUGGCAUCUCUACCAAGAAAACGCUCGAAACAAGUCACCCGUCAUUACAAAGCUGACACGUUUCCUACCGCCUGGCUCCUAGUCCCUGGGGGAUUGAUUAGCGACCUUUACCCGCCGGUGUCGGGCUGACCCCGGCAGUCAGUUGCACAAAUGAACGUCCUCAGGUCCCUCUGGGGCUCGUCCCCGUCCAACCUUUGUGCUCACCUAGGAGCGCACGCAGCAAUUCGCUUUCUCUUUCUUCCUUUAACGCAGCGUUGGAGGGUUUUGCUGUCCCUUUAGCGUGGCCUCACCUCCGCCUGUCGUGCUGGGAGAGCAGGGCAGAGGCAGGCUGAAAGCCUGGUUGUCAGCGUUAAUGUAGAAAUUCCCCAAUUUCCACACAUACUUUCAGCCAUCUUUUCAGCAUUAUGUUAACUUUCUGCCAUGAAUAGUCUCCGUUGCCUUUCGUUUUCGUUACAUCUGUAGUUUCUAUUCCACAUGCUCAAAUCAAGCAUGUGCAGAUGCUGGUGCACACUUCCUGCAUUUAAAGAAAAACCUCAGAUAUAUUUAUUUUUAAAAUGCUUGACUUGCUCUUGGUAAUAAUUUAAUAAUAUCUACCACAGGAAGGACCUGUGACAGUUGAUCUGGGGCUUGACCCCCUGCUUUAGGACAUAGAAAUGCCUGCAAAUCAGGAUAAAUGUUUAAGAAAAUCAUACUUGAAAAGAGAGGCCAGCCAUUGCCAUUAUAUAAUCAGCUGGCAAAGGACCUAGCUGAAAAAACAAGGAGGUUGAGCGUGCUUUAUUUCUUACUGUUGAAAACAAUAGGGCAGGAUGAGGCUCUAAUAAUAAUUUAUCUCAGGGCUGUCCGGCUGACAAAUUGCAAGGCAAUCCCAUCCUGCCGCCAGUGCUCUGAGAUGCCUUUUUGCGCAGCCAUGCCCGCCCGGCCACUCCUGCUUCAGAGCCCCAUGAGGUGGCAGGGACACGACGAGGCUUCAGCCUGAAGCUUUGUCGAGCAGGCAGUGCCAUAAACACACGCAGCGCUCUGCGCAGAGCAAAGCCCAUGCCCGGUACAUACAGUCUGCCCACAUAACGGCAAGAAAAGUGACUUGAUUACCCUGGAAAAGCUUUAAAGGUCAAGGAAGAUGAAAGGAGAUGAGAGGAAUUCAGGACAGACCUUGACAGAGCUGAGAAAGAGAGUUUAGCGGACAAAAUUUACAAAGCGGUUUUAUCGUAAGGUAAGUUUGGCAGGGGCUGUACCCGCGGAAGGGCAGGAGCAGGGCACAGCCCAGCUCUGAUCCCCAGGCCGUUCGGGUGUGCCAGCCCGCGGCUGUACGCAGGGUAAGAAGUCUGCCUGGCCACAGCUCUGACAGCUCCUGCAGCAACCGCACUGCUCUGCACACCUGACCACAUGAAAACGGUGCUAAUUUGUGCCCUGGCCGUAGCUGCAGGCUGUGACGGGACGGGCUGUGAUUCCCGGUCCUGACCUACGGAGGCUGGUCGGCAGCAGGGAGCAGACACUGCUGAUUUAGGAAAAAAAUGAAGCGAACAGAGAACUUCAGGAAGAUGACUUUGGAUUACUCUUGAGGUGACAUUUCUUUUGACGUCCUUAUUCACAGCGUUCAGAGGUUAGAAGUCAGCUCUGAAAUGUGGUGGUUCCAGCAAGGACUCUCGUUCUUGCCUGCGUCUUUGGUUGUUUGGUCAGCUGCAUCUUUUGUGUUUUCAUACAUCACCGCCAUCGUCCUACACCACGUUGACCCUCUGGUGCCCUACAUCAGUGAUACAGGGACAAUACCUCCAGAAAGAUGCUUGUUUGGGAUCAUGUUAAAUAUUUCGGCUUUCUUGGGUGUGGCUACCAUGUAUGUCCGUUAUAAGCAAGUUUAUGCUUUGAAUCCAGAAAAAUCCAAGAUCAUCAAGCUUAAUAAGAUCGGCCUGACACUAGGACUGAUGAGCUGUUUUGGACUUUGUAUUAUUGCAAAUUUCCAGAAAUGUAUUCUGUACUACGUACACGUGGUUGGAGCCUGCCUGACGUUUGGAGUUGGAGCCAUUUACAUGCUGGUUCAGACCGUCCUAUCCUACCUGAUGCAGCCAGAAAUUCACAGCAAAGACAUCUUUUGGAUCCGGCUCACCGUGUUACUCUGGUGCAGCUCAAGCAUUGCAAGCAUGUUUGUUUCCUCACUUGUCUUGUAUAGCGGCCUGUACGGAACAAAUCUAGUGCAAAAGUUGCACUGGGACCCAGAGGAAAAAGGCUACACAGCUCACAUCAUCAGUACCGUCUCAGAGUGGUCACUAGCAUUCUCCUUCCUCAGCUUUUUCCUCACCUAUAUUCGUGACUUUCAGAAAAUUUCCCUGCGUGCAGUUGUUAGCUUGCAUGGACGAACCCUCUAUAACACACCACAGAGCUUUGUGGCUGAUGAACAGACACUGCUGGUAGCAGGGAGCAUCUAAUGAAGGUGAAGAGAACAUGUUCUCAGCAUAACUCAGGAAUUUAGUAGCAAUAACAGUUCGCACUUAUUUUAUAUAAAAAAAAAUUAUGAAGUGAUUGUAUUCUACUUGACAUGAAGGGCUUUGCUAUUAACCCACACAGCAAUGCAAAUGUUAUCAGUAUUGUAAACAAGCCUGUAACAUUUCUACACAUGCCAAUAUCAUGAAAGAAUUAAAUGAAGGUUAUUAAAAGA